AUGAUCGUUUUGAGCCCAUGGUUUAGUGGGAAGAACAACCUUUGUUUAUUCUUUCUCAAGAACCCUCCUCAUGAACUCUAUGACUAUCUCAGAGAUAAGCUGAGUGAAUUUAUAACGUUUGCUGACCCUGCCUCUCCACCGAGCGUCAAUCAGUUGCGAAGGGCUCCUCUGAGCUCGAAUAUACCGGAGCUAUUGAGUACUAUUUUCCUUAGCCAUAGCUACUUUGCUUCCGAUAAGAUGAUCCGAUUGAAUUCAGAGUACGUGACAAUCCUAAAAGCCAAUUCGAAAAGCGAUUUAGCAAUGGUUGUUAAAGAUUUUAACAUCCCCCGCGUUGAUGAACGAUCGAUUGUCCAUUAUUACAACCGUGCUACUGAGAGAAAAGGGCAACAUCUUCUUUGCGAUAGUGCAAGAGGCGAAUUAAGACACAAUUUCGAUAGACCUAACCGAACGGAUGAGUUAUUAUUGAUAUCGCGAUAA